GGGAAAAAUAAGCAGAAUCCAGUCCCAGCAUCUAUAGGAAAAUGGGAAUGUCCUUUUGAUGAUAAAGGCCUGGUAUAUGAUUUCAUGUAUGAGUUGAAAGGCAGAGGUCGCUGGGUUCACUGGAAUGAAUUUAUCAAAAGCACAAAUGUGGGGGACAAAAACACCAAAAUUCAAGAUAUUAUUGUUCCAACCAUGGAUACUGUCAGAUAUACCUUCCUCAUGGACAUGUCUAUCAAGUACUCUAAGCCCUUGCUAUUUGUAGGACCAACUGGUACAGGUAAAUCAGUGUACGUGAAGGACAAGCUAAUGAACAAUCUGGACAAGGAUACAUUUUUUUCCCUUCUUCAUUAAUUUUUCUGCUCGGACCAGUGCCAAUCAAAUACAGAAUAUUGUUAUGGAC